UUUUAUUGCUGGUAUUUUCAUUUAAACGUGUUUAUUUUCUUAGUAUAUGGCUUUUAUGGCUCAUAAUUAAACUUUAAUGUAAAAUCUUGUAUCAGAUUCACCUACACCAGCAGAGGCAUUAGCUCUUGAAGCAGCGGCCAGACAACAGAUGCUUCAAGAGCAGCGACAGCUUCAAGAACAACAACGGAAGCAACAAUUGCUCUUACAGAAGCAACAACAAGAGGCAGAGCAACAAGCAGAAUUACUUAAACAAAAACUUAAAAAGCAAAGGGAGCUGGAGCUGGAACAAGAGCAGCUGGAACUGCAGAAAAAGAAGCAACAGCAGGAGAUGGAGUUGAAAUUGCAAAAGCAGAAAGAGAAGGAGCAGCAGCGAAAGGAACAGGAACGACUAGAGCAGCUGCAAAGAGAAAAGGAGGAACAGGAAAAGGCUCGCAGAGAGAAGGAGUUAAAAGAGGAACAAGAACGCAAGGAGCAGAAAGAGCGGCAAGAAAGAGAGGAGAAAGAACGGUUAGAAAAGGAAAGAUUAGAGAAAGAAAGAUUAGAGAAAGAAAGAUUAGAGAAAGAAAGAUUAGAGAAAGAAAGAUUAGAGAAAGAAAGACUGCAAAAAGAACAAGAACGAGAAGAGAGAGAGCGGAAGGAAAGAGAGGAACGAGAAAAGCAGGAACGGGAAGAGCAGGAGCGAAAAGACAAAGAAGCUCGCGAGGAGCAACAGAGAAAGGAGCGUGAGGAGCAAUUGAGAAAAGAACGUGAAGAACAAUUGAGGAAAGAACGCGAAGAACAAGAGAAAAUGGAACGUGAGGAACGUGAGGAGCGAGAGAGGAAGGAGCGUGAAGAGCAAGAGAGGAAGGAACGUGAGGAACGUGAGCAUCAUAAGAAGCAGGCGCAGUUGGUACAGAACCAGCCCGUACUUCCCUUGGGCUCAUUCACGUUCAAUCCAGAUGCGUCACUAGCAACUCUUCCUGCGGCUUUUAGCAACCCAGAUGGAGACUCUGCAAUCCGUCCCGAAGUGGCUGGCCCAUUCGGUUUGGACUCGUUAGUUCUCUCAAGCUUCCCUCUCUCACCCACACACUAUACUGGCUCCUUCAAUCCAUUUUCAUUAGAGGAUGAGCCUCUCAUGCGCAGACCCACCGCAUCAUCAGCUAGGUCAUAUCUCGAUGAUUCGGAUUACGAUCCUACCAUGGGUCACAAUCGUCCUUUGGGACCUCCUAUCCCAGGCAAGCCAAGGCAGGCUUCUCGGUUUGGAUUUGCUAUUGACCAUCAGUACUCAGACUCGCUUGCGCGCGAAGAGCAAUCCGAUAGGACAGCCAACGUACAAUCAAUGCAGGAUGGCUUCCGAGCACUUUUUCCUAAUGUUAAUAUCAGCUUUGGUCAGUCCAAUAACGCAUUGCCACAUAAUCAACACCAGCAACAGUUGCAUUCCUUACAUCAACAGCAUCAUCAACCUCAGCAUCAGCUCCAAUACCAAGUUCCAUCUAUUCCUAACCAUUCAGAUGUCCAAAAUGCCAACAUGUGGACUAGCAGUGAUAAGCAAGAGAGUGCUGUCUUCCAGAGGAGCAUGAAUCAGCUUAAUAUAGACCGGAUGCUUGCAAUCCCUAAUCCUCGUAUGGCAGAGUAUCACCAACAACAUUCACAACAGCACAAUGGACCUCCAGGCUUGGCGCACAGCAACAUGACACCAACUAUGAUGAAGUCUCCCCCCCCAGGCUUAGAGAACUUUGCGCGCUGGCCCUUACCCCACCACCACCACCAGCAGCAGCAACAGCAGCAACAGUUUCAACAGCAUUUGCAAAUGCAAAUGCAGCAGGCACAGCGCCCUCAUCAAGACUCUCGACUUGGCAAUUGGACAUCAGACAAUAAUGAUCCUGCCAUCAUGUCGGCCCGAAUCUCAUCUUCAAACAUCUCUAGACAACCACUUGUAGAAACACUCCAGCCGUCUUACACAGUAGCGCCUGGUACAUUUAAUUCCAUGGGCUAUGGCCCUGGUUCGGACAUGGCUGGUAGGGCUGGCCUUAACCAUACUAGUUCGCCUCUUCAACAGUUCGGAUUGGGACCAAAGCGCAUGGAGAAUUACCCCCCAAUUAAACCCAAUGGUAUGGAACCCUACCCUAUGGUGUUCGGACUGGGAGAAUCACCUCUAAUGAAUACAAUUAACUCGGCAGCAUCGGCGCGAGCCGCCAAGGUUAAAUCAGACCUACUUAUGGGAUUAAAUGCAGGGAUCCGACCUGACCGGCUUAAUAUGAAGGAUCAAUCCUUACAAUCUCAAACACAACAAUACACUCAACUGACAGAUGAGCACAACAACAUACUUAAUAGCCUUAACGGUGGACUGAGGACAGGCUCUCCCAUUGAUGGCAACGCAAACAGCGGCGCGCCUCCUAUCAGUGGUGAAUACUCCGGCGUGAGUAGUGGGUUCGCGAGCACUAGUUUGAAUACACCCAUGAUUUCCUUGCCCCUGUCUUCUACUCCUUUAACGACAUCAUCAGCUGCUAUCUCGGUCUCCGGUCCCCCUCCCGGGCUCAGUCUGCCAACCGUCAACAGUAAUAACGCCGCCGACAGCAAUAGUAGUAAGGACAACGAUAAUAAUGUCAAUGACAACAGCAACGGUGGAAAUGGGAGUACUGUGGCUACAUCAUAUAUGAAUAUCACCGGCCCAAACAACAAUAACACUAAUACCACUAAGCCAAUUGAUAUUGCAAGCAUGAUGAGUGUUCUGGAUUUUUUUGGCUCUUCAACUUCCGUGGCAAUGUCAUCGCCAAACAAUUGGGUACCUUCCGCGGCUAAUGGUACUGGAUUGAUUGGACAUCACUAUCAACAGCAACAACAUCAGCAACAACAUCAGCAACACCAUCCACAUCGACCUCGAGAUAUGACGUUUAUUCAAGGAGGACCAGGGUUAUUGCCCAAUCGCGAGUCUUUUCAGACAGGACUAGGGUUCGGUAUGGACGCUGGACAGCAUCCUCAGCAACAUCAGUUCCAACAUCAGGCACAGUUGCAGCACCAUUUUCUUCAGCGACAGCACCAACAGCACCAACAGCACCAACAGCAGCAGCAGCAGCAGCGGAUGCUUGGUAACUUGGAUAUGAUAAACGGAACGGGGUACGGCAAUGGCCCGGGAAACGACAGUAAUGGAAGCAACACCAAUACUAACACCGCAGAAUCAACUCCACAAUUAAGUCAUGUUAGUGAAUCAGAUGUCAGUGCUGCAGCGAAUGCGCGAAGUGUUGAAGAUCUGGAGCUUCAAGUGAUCAAUGCAAAGAUGGAGACUCAGAUGUUGGAGAACCAACUCAAUGCAGUGAUCAAGCGUAAUCGUCGUAAGCUCUAUGCCUAAAAUGAUAUACUAGUAGGAAGUCUCAAAUAAAAUAAAGAUUACUACCCAUAGAAGCCCAUCCAAAGAUCUGUUACCUUCUGAGAUUAUGGCUCACUACCGAGAAAUCCAAU